AUGACUCCUCUGUGUUUGGACAACAUCAGACCUACACUGUUCCUUGUUCCUCAGACAUCCCGAUCAUGUUCCGUAAUAGUGGCCACGCCCUUCAACGUCACACGCAUUCGACUCCGUAAAGGACUAUCUCGCAGACUCGUUGUAGAUUGUGUGAACCCGAAAUGGAACAGUCUCGGCGAAAUUGGUGGCCAGAUCCGAUCGAGUUGUGAGAUAACAGUGUACGUGGAAUACGAAAAUGAUAAUUACCUAGUUCACCCAAUAGACAUUGCCGGGAACAUGUACACCGUUGUGGUACCGUCUGAUCGGAUGAAAUGGCAGUGUUUUACUAUCAUAUACCCAAUACGCAAUGCAACCAAUGUUACCAUCAUAACAGAAGCACCUACAUCUGGGGAAUUCAUCUUCGACGACAGCAGCUGGGCCAAGUUUGAUUCCAAAUACAAGAUGAUGAUUACUGUACACGAGUUUGAAGCAGUUUAUAUCAAAUGUACUUGUAACCUGUCUGGUGUAGAAAUUAUUUCACCCAAUGCGUUUAUGGUUGUUGCUGGCGCCUUACUAAAACAAUCAAGUCUUCAGGCUAUUAUUGUAGAGCAACUUUCGCCGACAAACACGUGGGGGCGGCAGUUUCUGUUACCAAUACCAACACUAGUUAAUAUCACAGCGACCAUAUACAUUGUAGGUAAAAACGACACUGGGGAUCUAUUCAUUAAUACCAACAGCAUGACCGAUAGUUUCGUAUCCAUUUCAUCAUUUCCCUACACUUUGAAGGUUGCCGCGGAUGAAUACAUACAUAUAAUAUCUCCUAAUUCAUCCGUGUUACCGAUGGUGCUAAUGGAGGCUGUGAAUAGCUAUGAACUCGAUAGAUUUGUUUAUAUGUCUCUUCCAUCAGUGUCCCAGUGUUUACCAAGAUAUCGGUUCAACGACAAGGACAACCGUAAGACAACACUAUCCGUUUGGGGCACAUUCGGAUACAAUUUUCUUAUCAAUUUUAAAAACAUGACGAUGGAAACACUGUUUAAAAAUUUGACUCAUGAUGAUGUAUACCUUUAUGCAAAUCUUGAAAAUUAUGAAAACUUUGAAAUAAUACCUCAACGUCGCAUAUCACUUUUCCCGUCGGUUUGCGGUAUCGUGGAAAUUUUGCGUAAUGAAUCUGUUCGUUUAUAUUCACUAGGAAUGCGACUAACAAAUGUAUAUGAGUCAUGCGUCAUUUCCGGUAAAAGAACAGUUUCAGCAGAUGGAAAUGACAACGACUGUGAUGGCUUGGUGGACGAGGAAAUCAGAAACAGACGUGAUGAUGAUGGAGAUGGUUUCGUGGAUGAAGAUAUCGGCACGUGGGUGAAUUCCAGACGCCAGGUUGGUAGCGGGGAAAGUUUUCGAUUGGAGAUGUCUGUUAUUGCUGUCAUUAUUUCCAUCGUUGUGGCGUUGGUCGCCGUUCUAGCUUUUAUAGGUGGAAUGUUACUAGCCGACCAGCUAAUGGGUGGAAACACUGUAGCACCUGUAAUAGACAGUCCAGAUUUACAGUAA